AAACUAUUACAUAAAGACGAAGAUCGAAACAGCCGCCAUCACGCGCCAUCUCCUCUCGUGCGUGCGGAGGACCCCGUGGAAGCAGAUGGCCACAAAAUGAUCUCGUCACGAAGCACUUGAUCGAGUACCGGACGCGUUUUUACUGUUCCCAUGAUUUCUCUUGGCAAGCCCUGCAUCAAAAGAUUGCUCAAGGAAAGGCGGCCUGCCACUUUCACGUUUUGAGCAGCGCAAGGCAAGCCUGACAGUACUGUGUUGCAGCGGUCAACCGCGGACGGGCUGCAUAGCGCACCCCGUGUUUCUCAUGGCAGGCAUUCGGACGAGCCAGUGAACAUGAGAAACUUUUCCCGGACGUGACGGAGGGACCGCUCAUUGACCGUCUUGAAGCCCGCACCAAUCGAAACUGUAUAAUCUGCGAUCUGGACGCUAAUCUGUGUGAUUGGCUGGACGGCGAUUGCGGAAUUCGUGCCUCUGCAUAUCAAGGAUAAUUAGAACAGUGUCUGCCAUGCCUCCAGAAAGUGCACCAGCCAACAAAAUGCUCCGAGAUUUCCAGGUGUACAUCCUGACAUGGAAUGUAGUCUGUCGAGCACCAAUCGCAGACCUCCGCAGUGCCUUGGGCCUCGAGCCUCCCAUAAUUCCAGACGCAUUACCAGACAUGUACGCCAUUGGGUUCCAGGAGGUGAGUGCAAGACCUCAGCACCUCCUGUCCCAAGCCUUUUUUGAAGAGCCCUGGAUUCAAGCCAUCAGGAAUGCCCUGCACAAGUACAAUUAUGUCAAGGUGAAGCAUGUGCGCCUACAGGGCCUCAUCUUGACCAUCUUUACCAAGCGCGAGCACCUGAUCCAGCUGCGGGGCAUCCAGUCCACAUACACUAGGACUGGCCUUGGAGGUGUCUGGGGCAACAAAGGUGGAGUGACGAUACGGCUUUGUGUCUACGGUUGCUCCAUUUGUUUUGUCAACACCCAUCUGGCUGCUCACGAGAGUGAAACAUUCCAACGGAUAAAUGAGUAUAACACAAUAAUUGAGAAGCAAAGGUUUUUUGACACGCAGGCAACAAACAUUUUGACGCACGACUACACGUUUUGGUUCGGGGACCUGAACUUCCGUGUGGAUGACUGCACCCUGGAAGAAUUGAAGGCUUCUAUUGAGAACAACACCUACGCCCAGAUGCUGUCAAAAGACCAGCUGAACCGCGUGCGCAGCAAAGGUGAAGCCUUCCACGAGUUCUGCGAAAACGACAUUACCUUCGCCCCAACCUACAAGUUCCAGAUUGACCGCAUGGGCUACAACUUCAGCCAGCGCAAGCCGGCCUGGACUGACAGGAUUCUCUACCGCUUCACCAAGAACGCCUACGAGAAUGUGACCCUUGAUCUAAAGCAGCACCAGUAUGUCAGUCAUGAUCUGUACAUCCAGAGUGACCACAAGCCCGUGUCUGCUUUCUUCACUUUGAAGGUGUUUGCCAAGCCUGAGCAGCCUGUCAUCUACUUUCUUCCUGUGGGUACCUGGAUCAUCAAUCAGGACAGUUUUGCCUGGUACUACACAAGUGCGGACACCGAACUCAAGUCCUGGGAUUGGAUCGGCCUCUACAGAGAAAACUUCAGUAGCCUGGAGGACCACCUAGGCUACGUGUGGGCAUCAACGCGUCCGACGGACGUCUAUCCCACCCACCUGCGAACACGUCGCAGCCGAUCGCGCUCUUCUCGAGGCAGCCAGUCGAGGCACGCCUCUGCAGGCCCUGGUGCAGGCCCUGGUGCAGGCCCUGGUGCAGGCCCUGGUGCAGGCCCUGGUGCAGCCCCUAGUGUAGCCACUGGUGCAGCCACUAAUGCAGUCACUGGUGCAGUCACUGGUGCAGCCACUGGUGCAGCCACUGGUGCUGCCACUGGUGCUGCCACUGGUGCAGUUGCUGGUGCAGGCACCAACUCAGAUGGUGGCACCUCAAGUGUGGCCACACGUCGCACCAACAGGUCGUCGGCCGAAACAGAAAAUGCGGCACGCUCCCUCUCUUGGCCACGCAACUCGACAGACGAGCCAGGCGAUCCCGAGCCCAAUUUGGAAGGACGGCAGAAUCAGCCGUCACGGUCCACCUCCAAUGUGCCUGCCGCGACCCCGCCUGGUGACAGCACUGCCGCAGCGGAGCAGGCGAGGCAAGGAAGCAGUGCCGCCAGGAAGCGCGGAGAAGCCACAGUUAGCUGGAGGCCUCCGUCGAGCCGGCAGCAGUCCCCGCCGCGCGUCUCACCAAGCGACAGCCUUGUUGAUGGCGGCAGUGUGCGUGCCGACACGCCUCCCGACACUGGCAAUGCAACGCCAAUGGAAGGGAAAAGCUGCUCAGAGCAGGGUGACGAUGCCGCUGAAGAUCCCAGUCGGCGUUCGUCAGCGGGAGCGACGGCUACAGCCGGUCGCACGGACAGCGCCGCGGGACAGGAUGCCGUUCCCCAGCAGCAGAAGCCGUCGUCACACGAGCGCGUCUUCUACAGGGUGCUCUUUGGCGACCAGACGCUGCUGGUGUCGGGCAGGUACCGACUGGUCUAUCUGCGCGGCCAGUCUGACGUGCUCGGCAUGAGCGAGCCCUUCAAGAUUAAGGCAGCUGUCAGCUGAAGAGUUCACAUGGGUGGCUGCCACUCCGAAUGUAAAUAGGAUUAGCAAUAGACUGAUUGCGGUAGGAUUAGUGUAUGUUAAUGUUAAUAAUUGUCAAAUAUAAUUCGCGGAAUAGACCAUCUCUACUGGUAACAAGUGGUGGAAGAGAACUCUGCCUAGAAUCGUGUAUCUCAUGACGACCUGUGCUUUGCACAAAACUGGUAUAUACUCUGCGAUAGCUGUGCUCUCUUUGAUAAAAUUAUGCAUGGCUGUCAGCAUGCACGGGGAGGUCGCAUAUGCAACACCAUGUUCAUAAAGACUCACUACUGUCACUUAGAGGUGUGUCGCCCCAUUUCAAUUUUUUUGUACGGGAACAACUCAGCUUAGACAGAAAGGUUAUAUUUUCGUACAGUGUGACUGUCUGCUCCUCAUGUGUUACUAGCUGAUGCUACUCAUGUCCGUGUUCAAUGUUGGAUUUGAGGCCUUCUGUGAACUGUUGUUUGCGUUGACCUGCACGCGAAAAUCUCCUUAAAUUUGAGCCAGGUGGCUAACAGUGUAGUAUUGUUGACACAUCAAACGACCGAAUUUUUUUGUAUAUCAUUUUGUUAUUAGUAGAAGUAUCAUACUUAGUCGUGACCCAGGAGUUCUUGUGAUACCAAUCCCAACAGUUUUUGUGAUACUGAUCAAGCUCACUCUGCUGUGCCUUGAGCACAGGCUGUAGGCGAGGGAAAGCAAGCGGCAAGAGCUGGAUUUUUAUGGCCAAAAGUACUAAAGAAGUGCAAUGCUUACAUUUACCUGUAGGCUGUUUGUUUAAUGUAUGGAUACUCGAUCUCUCUCUGCAUUUAUUCAUUCCAUGAUGUUGUUUUGGAGGACGUAUGUAUUAACUGCGGUACAAAUGGUUAUUUCUUCGUGCGGAGCACGUGCAAUAUUCCUCUUUUGCAAGGUAUUGUUUUUCCUUGUUCAGGAAAAUAAAGCAAGCAAGCCAAAA